GUGUAAACAGUGAUGUGAUUGACUUAUAAAAGUGGGUACUGACUUGUAACUGACACUUCCAGUGCACCCUGGGUUGCAAUAACAUCGGAGACCGUAGCUCACGGAAAAGACAAACUCUAAGAUGGACGUGACUUCUGAGAUUAAAACCAAUGACUUCAAGUUCGACUUGUUGGAGUAUUCUGUGGUGAUCGCCAUGCUCUGCCUAUCCGCUCUGGUCGGCGUCUACUACGCUUUCAUCAACAAGCAGAGGACUUUGAAGGACUACAUGUUGGGAGGCCAAACCAUGGGAGUGUUCCCGGUCACUAUGGGUCUAAUGGCGAGCUUUACAUCUGGAUUAACAAUCCUGGGCAUACCAACGGAGAUUUACCUGUACGGUACACAAUAUUUGGCUGUCAACUUCUCGAUUGCGAUAUUUACUACAAUUGUCGCUCAGUUCUUCGUACCAGUAUACUACAAGUUGCAGGUUGAAUCCGUGUUUGAGUAUCUGGAGUUACGUUUCAAUAAACAUGUGAAAGUAAUGGGAAUCAUAAUGAAUACUAUGUUGAUGGUACUGUAUUUGCCUGUUAGUAUGUACGCUCCAUCAGUAACCUUUAGCCAAGUUACAGGAUUGUCAAUAAGCUUCGUCGCCGUUGUCAUCAGUGCCGUCUGCAUUUUCUACACAAGUGUUGGAGGACUUAGGGCCGUGAUGUGGUCGGACGUACUGCAAAACACCUUCUCCUUGUGUGGAAUCCUGUUUGUCGUGUUCGCGGGCUUCUCCAACCUAGGAGGUGUACUGGAAGUCUUGAGGAUUAACGAAGAAGGAGGCAGGCUGGAGAUGUUCAACAUGAAUCCAGACCCUUUUGAACGACACACGUUUUGGACUGUUGCGAUUGGUUUGAUAUUUAUGAACCUGAACUUGGCAGUGAUGCCGACAGCUGUACAGAGAUACAUGUCAGUGGCUACCCUUAAAGAAGCAAAAAGAAUCUUGUUCGGAGCGGCAGUAAGCUUCUACAUCGUGUUCAACUUGAUCGCAUGCAUGGGACUGAUCCUCUAUGCUAGAUACCACAAGUGUGAUCCUGUAGCUGCCGGAAUAGUGAAAAGUCACAGUCAUAUGCUACCUCUAUACGUGAUGGAGGUCGGGAAAGAUUAUCCAGGACUUGCGGGUUUGUUCAUGGCAGGCUUAGCGAGCGCCGCUCUCAGUUCCAUCGCUGGGUGGUUAAACGCAGUUGGAGGCACUCUGUACAAGGGAAUAAAGGAUGUCUAUUUUCCCGAUGUCAAGCACUCGGAGGAAACACAAGCCAGGAUCACCAAAACCGUUGUGGUCAUUUCCGGAAUUGUUUGCUGCUCUUUGGUCUUUGUCGUUGAGAAACUUGGAACACUUUUGCAGCUAGUGAAUACCAUUUUGGGGGUAAUGACGGGAGCAACGCUGGCCCUCUUUGUCCUGGGGAUUUUCUUUCCCCGAGUGAACACCAAGGGAGCAAUCGCAGGAACCAUCGCAAGUUUCUUAGUGUCGUCCUGGAUAGCUGUAAAUGCACAAUAUUACAUGAUGGUUGGAAAAUUGAGAUUCCCAGCAAAAAUUACCAGCAUAGACUACUGCCCUUUGACUGCAAUAGAUAACUUCAACACAAGCUCAGCCUUAUUGUUUGAUUACACGGGGGUUGGAUCCCCAACAGUCGCCGAUGACUCGGUGGCUAGAAUCUUCCAGAUAUCCUACAACUACUACGUGAUAAUCGGCUUCCUCUUCGGCAUCAUAGUGGGGGUGGUCGUCUCCCUGCUGACCGAGGCCCCGGAUAUGUCCACCCUAAACCCUGACCUGUUCUCCCCCUACGUCCACCGCUUCCUGCCUGAGAAGAUGCUGCAGGCACGACCCGACCACCAGAAUUACCAUCUGGCUGAGUUAAGACCUUGUAUAAAGAUCAAUAACUAUCCAAUAUAUAAAGAAACGGUAUACAAUAGUGAAAAAGAAUUACAAACAGUUUGAAACUAAA